GGAAGUGAAAUAAGACCCAGGGGAAGAAGACCGACCAACAAGACCCACUCGCGCAUAAUAAGCGCGUGAUACAACCACUUCCGCCUAAAAGUGGUGACCUAGAGGAGGCCCAUGUUGUCAGUCAUUUCAGUCUUCCCCACUUUCCAAAAUAAUUUAAUUUCUUAAAUUUUCCGGCGAACUCAGAAAACCCCUUUUCUCUCUCUCUCUCACAAACCCUAAUUAUCAUUUUCCCCCAACUACCAACCCAACCCCACUGCUUCACCACCAUUUCUUUUCACUGUACUAACUCAGAUUUACAAACCCACAAACCCCUAAUUAAUUCAUCCAAGAAAAGUUAGAAAAGUUUCAAACUUUUUUUUUUUUUUUUGUGCCCUUUUGUUUUCUUGGUUUGGAUUUGUAAUGGCCGAUGAUAGGAAUGAGGUCAGCGAUUACACUUCGGAGGACGAGGGCACUGAGGAUUACAGGCAAGGAGGUUACCAUGCGGUUCGUGUUGGAGACACUUUCAAGAACGGGUGCUAUGUGGUUCAGAGCAAGCUUGGGUGGGGACAUUUCUCCACUGUCUGGCUCGCUUGGGAUACUCAGAGAUCGAAAUAUGUAGCUUUGAAAAUUCAAAAGAGUGCCCGACAUUACACUGAAGCAGCAAUGGAUGAGAUAAAGAUUCUCAAGCAAAUUGCAGAAGGAGAUCCAGAUGACAAGAAGUAUGUCGUGAAGCUCUUGGACCACUUUAAGCAUUCGGGGCCCAAUGGGCAGCAUGUAUGUAUGGUUUUUGAGUACUUAGGGGAUAAUCUUUUAACCCUUAUCAAAUAUAGUGAUUACCGGGGGAUUCCUUUACACAUGGUUAAAGAAAUAUGCUUUCAUAUUUUAGUGGCUUUGGAUUAUUUGCAUAGACAACUUUCAAUUAUACAUACUGAUCUGAAGCCCGAGAAUGUCCUGCUUUUGUCCAUGAUUGAUUCUUCCAAAGAUCCUAGGAAAUCAAAUGCUGCUCUCAUCCUUCCAACCGUCAAUGAUAAAAUGGUGUCCAACUCUGGAACUUCAAAAGAUGUUAAGAGUUUGAAUGGUGAUCUUACCAAGAACCAAAAGAAGAAAAUUCGGAAAAAGGCUAAGAAGGCAGCUCAGGGUUCAGUGCAAAAGGAAACUUCCGAGGAUGCUGAGGAAGAUUCCAAAACUCCUGACUCAGAAGAUUCUAUCAAUGGUGUAAAAUCAAAUGGAGAUUCUGUUGAAGAAAAAGUGGAGACUUCUGAAAGCAAAGAAGGAAUCGCAAAGAGUGAAGAAAUAAAGAACGACCAAGUAAAUAAGGGACAUAGAAGAGGGAGUCGUUCCACAAGACAGAAGCUGCUUGCAGGUGUUGAUCUAAAGUGCAAAUUGGUUGAUUUUGGAAAUGCUUGUUGGACAUAUAAGCAAUUUACAAAUGAUAUUCAGACAAGACAGUAUAGAUGUCCAGAGGUUAUUCUUGGAUCUAAGUACUCGACUCCUGCAGACUUAUGGUCCUUUGCUUGCAUUUGUUUUGAGCUGGCCACUGGUGAUGUUCUAUUUGAUCCUCACAGUGGUGAAAAUUAUGACAGGGAUGAGGAUCACUUGGCAUUGAUGAUGGAGCUUCUUGGAAUGAUGCCACGAAAGAUUGCAUUAGGUGGCCGCUAUUCCCGGGAGUUCUUUAAUAGAUGUGGGGAUUUGAGGCAUAUCCGUCGGCUGCGUUUCUGGCCACUUAAUAAAGUGUUGAUUGAGAAGUAUGAUUUCAGUGAGCAAGAUGCUAAUGCUAUGGCUGACUUCCUUAUUCCCAUACUUGAUUUUGUCCCUGAAAAAAGGCCAACAGCUGCGCAAUGCCUCAGUCAUCCAUGGAUCAGUGCUGGUCCUCGGCUUCUUGAGCCUUCAGUGGCUGGUAAUCAACCUCAGGCCAAAGAUGGGAGCAAAUCUGAUAGCAAGAGGAAAGAGAAGGAUGAGAGGGAGGCAAUGCAAGCUGGAGUGGGGAAUAUAGUCAUUGAUGGAACUCCAAAAACAUCCAUAAAAGAAUCUCAACCGCUACUAAAUUGAGCAGAAUGGUCCUAAACUGUUUGUUGUGUUUCCAUCCCAUGCUAUUCCUUGCCAUUUCUAUUCUUCACCCGCAGCUUUGCCAAACUGAGACUUAGAGUUUGGCAUGAAUGUUGGCUUUCCAAGUUGCAUCGAAGUUUCAAGGAUGGUGAAUUGGUGAUUCUGUAUGGGACUUCAUAUUUUUCUGAGUAGCUAAAACACAAUUUUCUGCUCCAGUUUUGGAAGAAAAUCUUCUCAAGCAUGCUUCCGUCACUGAAUGCCUCUCUUUAGAAUAUGAUACCUCUGUAUUCAACAGCCUGAUUGAUAAAUUUUUGUACAAUUACGAUUCUUUUGGGGGGGUUCACACGUCCAUUUCCAGGGUGAUUAGGUUUUUUUUUUUUUUUUUUGAGACAUUUGAUGUGUUGAGGAACUGUACAUCGGAUUGGAUUUGUUUUCAUGAUUUGUUCUCUGUCAGAGAGUUCUCUUCGGCUGGAUAA